GUCAUUUCAAAACUUAACUCACACUCCCGAGUCAACGCGGCGACUUGCUCACCUCCUAUUCUCCGGUAAACUCGUCUCUUGUGUCUGACGGAGCGCACCUAAAGAAAACUGCGGGAGGUGAAAUAAAACCAAAGAAGACUCCAACUUCUCCACCAGACCCGAAGCAGGAGGAUCUAACAGCACAAACCCCGGGACCAGAGCCCCUCUUUCUGCGGGCAAAGGCGGCUCAACUUUUUUUUCUUUCUUUAAACUGCAACCAUAUAAAAAUGAAUCGGAGCUUUAAUAAGUCGCAGCCGCUGCGGAAUGCGGAUUGUAACGCUGUGGAAGUGAAAAGCAAGUAUGGGGCAGAAUUUCGCCGGUUCUCAGUGGACCGGGUCAAGCCCGGCAAGUUCGAGGAGUUUUACAAGCUCAUCCUGCACAUUCACCGCAUCGCCAAUAUGGAGGUGAUGAUAGGCUAUGCUGACGUCCACGGUGAUUUGCUGCCAAUCAACAACGAUGACAACUUCUGCAAGGCGGUGUCAACGGCUCAUCCACUGCUCAGGAUCUUCAUACAGAGACAAGAAGAGGUCGACUACUCCAACUAUGGAACCAACACAAUAACUCGUAAGAAGAAGGCUGUGGUCGCCCUGCGCAAUAACGACAUCAACCGCAAGCGCCCACACAUCCGCAUCGGCAUGCCGCAAGACUUCCGGCCCGUCUCCUCUAUCAUUGAUGUGGACAUCCUACCUGAAUCUCAUCGCCGUGUCCGACUGUAUCGUCACGGCUCGGACAAACCCUUGGGCUUUUACAUCCGGGAUGGAACCAGCGUACGGGUGACGCCACAUGGGCUCGAGAAAGUCCCUGGCAUCUUCAUAUCUCGGCUGGUGCCUGGAGGGUUGGCAGAGAGCACCGGGCUGCUGGCGGUUAAUGAUGAGGUGCUGGAGGUGAACGGCAUUGAAGUGACUGGAAAGUCCUUAGAUCAGGUGACAGAUAUGAUGAUUGCCAACAGCCACAACCUGAUUGUGACAGUUAAGCCGGUGAACCAGCGCAAUAAUGUGGUCCGCAGCAGCAGGAUCUCAGGGAGCUCAGGCCAGUCGUCUGACAGCAGCGGGUCAACUGGUUACCCGAGUUUGUCAGUGGCAUCAAUGGGGGUGAUGUCCUCUGGAGCACACGGGUACCAAGACGACCUGGAGAGUGACGAAGAGACGGAUAUAGUCAUAGAGAGCAGCCUCAAGCGGCCGUCGCAGAGAUCCAAUGCUUCCCUGGCGUCCAGUGCAUCUCGCACACACCAGCAGACACCAACGACAGCUUCAGGCCCAGCAGCACCUCCAAGCCCGCCCUCACGUCCUUCAUCAGUGGUCUCCACUGCCUCCUUCCACUCCCAGCCUAGCCUCAACGGAGGGUCCCACUCCCACCACCACAGCAGCCUCAGCUACCAGCUCCACAGAGACCUGAACCUUCAGCACAACGCACACCAACAGUCCCAGCACCGCCAUCACCAAGCACAGCCUUCACAUCACACCAGCAACCCAGCCCUCCGCCACAGCAACGGCAGCCUGCACAAAAUCCUCAGCUCCCUGAAAACGGACCCACGACACAGUCUGGCACUGCCCAGGGGAGGGGUGGAGGAGGACGGCACCGUCAUUACCCUAUAAUACUUAAAAAACGCACACACGCGCGCACACACACACACACACACACACACACACACAGACACACACACAGACACACACAGAGACAGAUACAUCCCAACUGCUCAGAGACUUAAACUGGAACACCACGCCGGAUAAAUAUGAGCACGAGUGUGUUUAUCAGAUACUAAUUGUGUAACUUCUCUUUGUUUUAUGAGAUAACUGAUUAUUUGAAGUUACAAGCCAGGAAACACAGAAAAUGUAUUGUAUAUAUUUCCUGUAUUUUUUAAAGUUGUCUUUGUCUUACAUCAAAAGAUUUGUACGUAUGUAUGUAAAAAGCAUCAGAACAAAUAACUGUUUUUAGGCGAGUCCACUGUAUCCUAGAGUUCUGAAUGUGCCUACAGCCUAAUAUCUUUUAUUAGUGACCACUUUUAUUAAGAUCCUUCUCAUUCUUGUUACCGGGACCAACUUGGGGUUGCUUAUGGAUGUUUUUAAAGAGUAAAUCUAUAUUUCUUAUAUUCUGAUAAAUGCUGUUUAGAAUAUGAUUUUUUUUAAUAGUUCUUUUAUGCAUUGAUGAUUGUGAUCAAAUCCUUGUAUCUGUUCCAAUAAAUUAUUCUAAGUCUGCAAA